UCGGCCGGAAACGAUUGACUUCAAGCUUCUACGGGGAGUUACCUCUACUCAUAUGCCCCGCGUCAAACCCAAACGUCGCAACCUCUUUUCUGAACGCUUUUAUCGUCUAAUUCGCGUGAUCAAAAACAGCUGUAUGAGUCAGCCGGCUAACUGAGAAGAACAAACUGCCUACAGAUGAUCGUCAAAACUUUAUUUAAAUCAAGUCAUCUAAUAAUAAUAACACUAUGUGACUAAGUCAAAAUCGGUACGGUAUACCGCGGAAAGCUACCUCAGCUAUUAUCUUCAUUCUAAUUUCAAAUUUGUUAGAGACAGGAGGUUUUAGCUAAUAAAGAAGUACCAUAGUAUCUCAAUCAAUACGGCAACGCUGACAUCUUGAGGCAGAUUAAUUAUGGACAAUGUAUCGGUUCGAGCUUUGGUGAAAUCGCAGCUGUUCAGCGCCCUAUAACAUCCAUACAAGACAACAACGCUGUAACCUAUAGAAAUUGGACGAAUUUUCACUCCAGCCUAGACUAGGCUGUUUUUACGAGUGCCUCGAUGUCCGUUCAGGCAACCCUGACAUCUAAACAUGCUAAGCGUAUGCCCGGACUCCGGCCAAGAGUGCCCAAACUUGACAAGGUGUCACCACCCGCCAUCGAGGAGUUGGAUAACGUUAUGCUUCGCCAUAUGGUUACAUUUCGAGCGCGCCACAUUGAGACAUUAGUUGGCGUCGUAUUUACGAAAAAGUUGCGCGAGCUUGGUAACCACCUGCAACUGCGAGCCCACGCUAUGGUCAGACAGUUCCACACAGCCCUUCUCGAACGAAGCGCUUUCGACCCUGAGGCCCGCGUAGCCGUCGACAAAUCUCAGCUGUUUUUAAACGCUACGAACGCGGCUAUUGAAGACGUCGCCUCAGUUGACGGUAUGGAAAGACGGUUUUUAGCGGCAUUCGGCAAAGUGGGCGGCGAUCCCGAACGGUGGAAGCAAUUACAACAAACGGUUGACUACGACAAAAUGGCCUUCGAUGACCUCGUCGAACAUCUGCGCUUGCUUACCAAAACGGUGCGAGACAUGAAGCAGAUCAACUUCGCAUUACAGAUCGAGCUACAGAGUGCGUUAACCAACGUGUUUCAGUAUUACCUAACUAACGCUGGCCUACUUCUCGAAGACGGGGUUGUUUCGGUGUUCGAGAGUAUUUUUCAGACGACUUGUUUAGACUUAGUAAACGUCGUUGACAAGACGUUUCGUGUCAUCAAAGAAGCUAUCAUGUCUGAUCAACUUGUCUCGGAUCAUGCUCCGCUUGAGGAAUCAGCCCUGAACAUAGUGCUAAGCGUAAGCAACAUUGACAGUAUUAUGGACCUAGUUGGUACACAAGGCUUGCCCUAGCAGAAGGCUUCUGUGAACGCAUGUCGUCAGGACGGCGACCUGGAUAUCGUGGGUAAUAAACUGACCAGUGCAAAUGUUCCAA